AUGAUCCAAGAUAUAUGUGUAUUGAUUAUUUACCAAUACUUCGGCAAGGUUUAUGAAAGCUGCACGAUUUACUUCGAGCUGAUAGAAAUUGUAAUGCUAUCUAUUAUUUUUCUAUCAAUGAUAUUGAUCUCCGCAGAUCGAUUUCUUUGCAUUACGUUGGGAGUAAAAUAUAAAGCAAUUGUUACGAGAAAAAAAGUGAAAUUUACUGUGGUAAUGAUUUGGAUUAUUGGCGUCAUUUCUACAAUUCCAUUCUUGUUUGAAAAAAAGAGAUCGCACAUCAAAUAUAUUUAUUACGCUACGUUUGGAGCGUUAUUUGUAGUUAAGUCUGUGAUAACUUACGCUACAAUCGCCUAUUACAUGUGCUCAAGGACAAGAAAUGCGCUUUCAAUUCAGCCAGGAAAAGGAAAUAUACAAUCAAAACCCGUCAGUGUAUUUAAAAAGUCGUACAUUGUCCCAUGUGCCAUUAUUACAACAUUUGUCCUGUUCAAUGUCAUUCCAGAUGUAGUGUGUUAUAAUCGAUCAUUUGAUUCUACGACGUACGAAGCUGUGCUCUAUUUCUAUGCUACUGGAUACAUUACUGAUCCGUUAAUAUAUAUUUUUCUAAAUGCUGAAACAAGAGCUACAUUAUGUACACACUUUUUAGAAUUGCGGAGAGAAAUAUAUCACCGCCAACGAUAA